AUGUUUAUGUUAAAAUUUUCAGACAACGAAGACUUGUCUCCAAGAGAGAGGACCGUAAAAUUUUACCUCAACUCUGACAGUGAAGAGGAUGACAGGCCCUCCACACCUGUUAAGUCCACCCUACAGUGUUCUGACAGAGAAACUGUGCCUGCAGCAAGUGGUGUUGUAGAUUCAUCUGUCCUGGGUUUGGAAGACAGUAACAUAGGGAUGUCCUGUGAUGAAAGUGCUGACGUCAGUCUGUUGUGCCAGUUUUUAAAUUCUGUGACUUCGGAUGAUAACAUCAAUCCAUCUGUUGACUGUAAAACAUGUGAAAAUACAUUCCCAAUCACACCUGUUGACUGGGGAACAUCAGGUGAAAAUGUGAUACCAUCCAACACCACACCACUAGUUCCUGCAACAUCACCCAAGAAGGCAGCAUCACCCAUCAGCACACCUGCAAACACCGCAACACCAAGUGAAACUAUAACUUCACCUGGUUUUACACCUGUGGACUCGGCAACUGAUCUGGGUGAUUUUUCAGAUAGAGUUCCUGAGUUAGACACCCAAACACCUCCAGACACCUCAUUGACUGAAGACUUACUGCAAGAAGUGCCAGAUGUAUUCUCUAGACUAGCAGCCCUGUCUGCCAACAAUGUCUGUGAAUAUGGGGACGCUGGAGACUUCUUGCCAGUAGGGAUUAAAAUCCUGCAGGCAAGUGACCCUGUUGAUACCCCAACAACAGAUAUAAACUGUAAACCUAGUCCAAAGCAAAAUCUAUAUGCUGACCAUAUGAGCUUUCCUGGUGACAAGGGAGACUACUGUACAAUUGCAACUGUGAUGGGAGAUAACUCAGGGAUACUAGUGUCAGAUACUGACAGUAUUGUUGAACCUGUUCUACAUUCGAAUCUAUGCACUGAGAGUGCCUCUGUUGUAGGUGAUAUGCCUAAUAACUCUUCAAUUAAUUUAAAAUGUGUGGAUGAAUCCAGUGUUAAUUUAUGCUCAGGUAACAGUGAUAAUGACAUUAUGCAAGAACAAAAUGUGGCAACAACUGCAGGGAAUGAUAAUAGUAAUGUAACUAAUGAUGCAGUUUCUCCUAAACUGAGAAGAAUAAGGACCAGGAGCCAGAAUAGUGAGAGCUCACCAUUUUUAGCUUUAGAGACAAUCCCUCGAUCUAGAGUUAGAACCAGUAGCCAUACCAGUGAAUCUUUGACACCAUUACCUGCUCCCUCACCAUCCAAAACUAGGAGCCAGCCCUGUGAUCAGGUGACACCUUCAAAGAUGACCGACACAAGAACGGCUUUAGUUUCUCCCUCACUGUCUAGAACUGGAACUAGGGGCACCAGAAGAGAAUCAUUUUCAGCGUCUGAGAUACCUCUUCAGACACCACCCAGGCAGAGAGGUAGGAGGAGAGAAUCUUUGUCACCUUCGGCUUCGGAGGUACCUCUUCAUACACCACCCAGCCAGAGAGGUAGGAGGAGAGAAUCGCUUUCAACUUCAGAGGAACCUCCUCAGACACCACCCAGGCGUAAAACUAGGAGCCAGACAAGGAGAUCAUCAUUGUCAGAAGAGAAACAAGGAACUGAAAGUAUUUCUAUAUUACAGACACCAUCACCUUCGGCUUCAGAGGUACCUCCUCAGACACCACCCAGCCAGAGAGGUAGGAGGAGAGAAUCUUUGUCACCUUCGGCUUCGGAGUUACCUCUUCCGACACCACCCAGCCAGAGAGGUAGGAGGAGAGAAUCUUUGUCACCUUCGGCUUCGGAGUUACCUCUUCCGACACCACCCAGCCAGAGAGGUAGGAGGAGAGAAUCGUUGUCGCUUUCAACUUCGGAGGAACCUCCUCAGACACCACCCAGGCGUAAAACUAGGAGCCAGACAAGGAGAUCAUCAUUGUCAGAAGAGAAACGAGGAAUUGAAAGUAUUUCUAUACCACAGACACCAUCACGUGGAAAGAAAAAGUUGAGCAUGUCUGACAAGGAUGUUUCACACACAGCUCCACCUGAACUCCCAGCUGUUCCCCCUAGUCUCCCAGCUGUUCCCACAAGUCUCCCAGCUGUUCCCUCUAGUCUACCAGCUGUUCCCUCUGAUCUCCCAGCUGUUCCCACAAGUCUCCCAGCUGUUCCCUCUAGUCUACCAGCUGUUCCCUCUGAUCUCCCAGCUGUUCCCUCUAGUCUACCAGCUGUUCCCACAAGUCUCCCAGCUGUUCCCUCUAGUCUACCAGCUGUUCCCUCUAGUCUACCAGCUGUUCCCUCUAGUCUACCAGCUGUUCCCUCUGAUCUCCCAGCUGUUCCCUCUGAUCUCCCAACUGUUCCAUCUGAUAUCCCAGCUGUUCCCUCUGAUAUCCCAGCUGUUCCCUCUAGUCUCCCAGCUGUUCCCUCUGAUCUCCCAGCUGUUCCCUCUGAUCUACCAGCUGUUCCCUCUGAUCUACCAGCUGUUCCCUUUAGUCUACCAGCUGUUCCCGCUAGUCCUUUAGCUGCACCAACUAGUCCUGCUGUCAAAACUCUCCAAUCCAGCCCUGCUGUUCCAUUUACUCAGUCAGUUCUGACAGCUGUCCAAACCACUUCCCCAGCUCAGGCAGCUGUACAAUCUUGUCCCCCUGUUUUCCCAGUCAGUCCUCCUGUAGUGCCAGUCAGUUCCCCAGCUCUGACAGCGGUACUAUCCAGUUCCUCUGUUCUGCUUGCUAGUCCCUCCGCCCCAGUCAGUCCCCUAUCCAGUCCCCCAGCUCCAACAGCUGCCUCCAUCUCUCUCACAGACUACAUUCAGGACAUCAUGGGAGACAUGAGUGACCUCAGCAGUGAUGAGAGUGACAGUGAGCAACUUCCAUCAAAGACACCUCUCCCACCUAACACUGAGGGUGCUAGUCCUGUCUCAACCCAUCAAAGACCUGCCAAUCAAAUAUUUGACAAAUCUCCCAAAGCUUCAGACAAGGGGGGCUCUUUGGGCCAUGAUGACAUCACCUGUAAGGUUACAACACCCAGAGGUAGACCAAGCAAGAAAAACUCUGUAACAGCCAGUAACAAAACAGAUGAUAUCAAACCUGGCUUAUCAUCAGAGGAUGAAAGUAAAGCAAACACUUUGCCACAAAACACAGUCUUGCCUCACAAUAAAGCAAGCACUUUACCACAAAACACAGACCUGCCUCGCAGUAAAGCAAGCACUUUAUCACAAAACACAGUCUUGCCUUACAAUAAAGCAAGCACUUUACCACAAAACACAGUCUUGCCUUACAAUAAAGCAAGCACUUUACCACAAAACACAAUCUUGCCUCACAAUAAAGCAAGCACCUUACCACAAAACACAGACUUGCCUCACAGUAAAGCAAGCACUUUACCACAAAACACAGUCUUGCCUCACAGUAAAGCAAGCACUUUACCACAAAACACAGUCUUGCCUCACAAUAAAGCAAGCACCUUACCACAAAACACAGACCUGCCUCACAGUAAAGCAAGCACUUUACCACAAAACACAGACUUGCCCCUGAAGAAGAGAACCCAGAUGGAGUAUGCUGCAUUCAAAAUCUCCCAGAUGCUGAGCAGAGCUAAAUCAAAUAAGAGGACACAAGACGCAUCAAAGCUUGUAAGAAAGGAGAACACAACUAAGAAACCACCCACAACUAAGAAAGCAUCCACAACUAAGAAAGAAUCUGUAAGCAAAUCUAGAAGUGGAAAAGCUAAAUUGAGUGAGGAGUGCUUGAGCAGUGAUUCAGAUUGUGAGCCGUCUUUGAACCAUUCAGGGAUGGAGGCAGGGAACACAAGCAGGUACAAGGGUAAAAGUGGAGCAACAAGAAACAAAGGCAGGGACAAGUCUCAGCCUAAGACAGCCCCCAACAAAAAACCAUGUCAGAUAGGGGCUAAGCAAGUUGAAGAGGCUGAGAAAUCUGACGAUGUAAACACCAGUGACCUUGACACCAGCAGUUUGUCAUUUGAUUCUGAUGAGGAACCAGACAAAGUGGUGACAAGAAACAAGCGGGUGUUACCUGCAAAGUUGAGGAAUCACAAGACUUAUGAAUCUCACAAUAGACAUCCCAAACAUAAAGUAUUGCACAACCCAACAUCAGGCAAUGUGAUGUCUCACAACCCAACCUCAGGCAAUGUGAUGUCUCACAACCCAACCUCAGGCAAUGUGAUGUCUCACAACCCAACAUCAGGCCAUACUUCAACUGACAAAGCAGCAUCAGACAACACAGCAUCAGACAACACAGCAUCAGAAAAUGUGUCUAACAAUAAAACAUCAGGCAGUGUGAUAACUGACAGCGAAGCAGCAGGCAGUGAUGAUACUGACAACGAAGUAUCGGUCAAUGUGGUGACCAACAACGAAAUAUCAGGCAAUACAUCAUCGGACACUACAGCAUCCAACUCUUUGUCAGACACCACUGCAUCCAUCCAUUAUUUGUCAGACAACACUGUAUCUAACAAAGUAACCUUUAACAAUGCCUCAGAUACAACACUGCCUGACAGCUUAGCGCCUCCAUCAAAUGAACCUCCUAGGCCAGCCAAUGCUGACAGCACCGUUGUUCCCAGGUUUUCCUCAGCUUUCAUAAUGUCUCCAGAUUCAGCAUUCAAAGCUGUCAAGGGCCCCAAAGGUCCAGCCCUAGCUCACCCAGCCCAGCACCUUGCUACAAGAGUUGCUCCGGGUCCAGACACCACCCUCACACAGACCAAACCUGUUUCUUUAUUGCCUCCAGCCCAUCAAUCCAGUCAACCAGCCAAAGAAGUAUCCCAUCUUCUUCAGCCAUCUGUAGCUUGUGUUAACAAAGACAUUGCACAUGCUGAUGAAGAGCAGCCACCCCCUGCUAAGUUUCAUGCCAUCAAAAAUUCAAAAGCUGCCAAAUGUAUUUCUUUUGUAAGCUCUGAACCUAGGAGAAGCUCUGUUCCCAGUUUGGCUCAAUUAGACAGUCAGUCAAAGUUUGAUACUUCCAACUUCCAACCAAUUAACCCUCCGGUCACUUCAUUUUUGAACCACUCAGUAACAACAUUGAGCAACCCUCCAGUAACAUUGAACAACCCUGCAGUGACAUUGAGCAACCCUCCAGUGACAUUGAGCAACCCGGCAGUGACAUUGAGCAACCCUCCAGUGACAUUGAACAACCCUGCAGUGACAUUGAGCAACCCUCCAGUGACAUUGAACAACCCUGCAGUGACAUUGAGCAACCCUCCAGUGACAUUGAGCAACCCGGCAGUGACAUUGAGCAACCCUGCAGUGACAUUGAACAACCCUGCAGUGACAUUGAAUAACCCUGCAGUGACAUUGAGCAACCCUGCAGUGACAUUGAACAACCCUGCAGUGACAUUGAGCAACCCUGCAGUGACAUUGAACAACCCUGCAGUGACAUUGAACAACCCUGCAGUGACAUUGAGCAACCCUGCAGUGACAUUGAACAACCCUGCAGUGACAUUGAACAACCCUGCAGUGACAUUGAGCAACCCUCCAGUAACUUUGAACAACCCUGCAGUGACAUUGAACAACCCUGCAGUGACAUUGAGCAACCCUCCAGUAACUUUGAACAACCCUGCAGUGACAUUGAACAACCCUGCAGUGACAUUGAGCAACACUUCAGUAACAUUGAGCAACCCUGCAGUGACAUUGAGCAACCCUACAGUGACAUUGAGCAACCCUCCAGUGACAUUGAGCAACCCGGCAGUGACAUUGAGCAACCCUCCAGUGACAUUGAGCAACCCUCCAGUGACAUUGAGCAACCCUCCAGUCACGCCUUUGACCAACUCUAUUUUGGUGCCAUCAAUCAUUCCUCCAGUUACAUCAUCAACCAACCCUCCAGUGAUGUCUUUGACCAACCCUCCAGUGAUGUCUUUGACCAACCCUUCAGUGGUGUCUUUGGCCAAUCCUCCAGUUACAUUAUCAUCCAACUCACCAGUGUUGUCUUUGACCAACCCUUCAGUGGUGUCUUUGGCCAAUCCUCCAGUUACAUUAUCAUCCAACUCACCAGUGUUGUCUUUGACCAACCCUUCAGUGGUGUCUUUGGCCAAUCCUCCAGUUACAUUAUCAGCCAACUCACCAGUGUUGUCUUUGACCAACCCUUCAGUGGUGUCAUUGACCAACACACCAAUGGUGUCAUUGACUAAACCCCCUGUCACAACAUUGACCAACCCUCCAGUUGUGUCAUUGUCCAACCCCCCAGUGGUAUCCUUGACUAACCCCCCAGUCACAACAUUAACCAACCCUCCAGUUACCACAUUGACCAAUCCCCCAGUGGUGUCACUGACCAAACCCCCUGUCACAACAUGGAGCAACCCUCCAAUCACAUUUACCAACACUCCAGUUGUGUCAUUGACUAACCCCUUAGUCACAUCAAUGACUAACCCCCCAGUGGUAUCAUUGACCAACCCCCCAGCCACAACAUUGACUAACCCCCCAGUGGUAUCAUUGACCAACCCCCCAGUCACAACAUUGACCAACCCUCCAGUGUUACCAUCGACUGACCCUCCAGUUAUACCGCUGACCCACCCUCAAGUGAGGUCACUGAUCAACCAAUCAGCAACAAAACCAGCACAACCCCAAUUUAAUCCAGUAGUAAGGAAAAGGAAAUUAAAUACCUCAGCUUCAUCCAGCCCAUCUUCAAGAAACUCAAAUGAAACAUUACUCUCAGAAAUUUUCCACUUUUUCAAAAUUCCACGUCUGCUGUCACCACUGCCACCUUCACCUGUAUUUGUUGAAUGUCCUGAUGGUGCACCGGUCAACUUUGGCUCCUCUACGUCAUCUGCUGAUAUCAUUAAAGUUCAUCCAUUGGGCAAACCCACCAAGGCUAAUAAAAGUCUCUCUCAUCACAUGGCUGAGGCCAGGCUGUUGCUGGCCAAAAAAUCUGCAAUUUCUAUGAAUAAAAUCCAGGCAGCACUUGACAGAAAGAGAAAAGCAGAAAUAGUCGGUCAGGCUUCUCCAAGUACAGGUGGAGCCACAGUCCAACAAAGUAGGAGCCAUGCACAGCCUGCCACCAAAAGACAGAAAUUAGCCAACCUGAGUAGCUUCCCCUCACCUUCUGAUGCUAUCUACCAUGACCUGCAAGUUUUCCUGGACACAGACCAAGUGGAUGUCAAGCUGACCAUUGAGACCAUGCUCAGUAGGGUUGAUGGCAGUGACAGCAAGGCUAUGUGGAAGGUCUUGCCCCAUACUGUGGUCAGGUAUCUGUCAACAAAAGAAGAGAAUGUCCUAGAAGAACUGUUUGCAGCCUGCCAGAAGAAAGGAAUUAUUAAGACAGUUUUUAUCAGUCAGGCUGAGUCUAAGCUUUUAGACUUUCUCUCAGAGUUUAUCAAAUUGUAUCAGGAUACAGACAAGAGUGGACUCAUGGGGGUUGUGUGGACGGCCAUAUUCAACAAAGAAUUAACAAGCCAGGCAGCCAAACAGUCUCUCAGGUAG